CUUUGUGUUUUGACUAAUUUUCUGUUAUCUUUGCAGUUGUCGCAGGCGGCUCCGACCCUGGGGGAUGGGGAGAGGAAACCCAAUGAAGUUAUCAAAUUCUUGGAUGUUUAUAAGCGCAGCUACUGCAGGACAAUCGAGACCCUGGUGGACAUAUUCCAGGAGUACCCGGACGAAGUGGAGUACAUCUUCAAGCCAUCCUGUGUUCCCUUGAUGAGGUGUGCGGGCUGCUGCGGUGAUGAGGGCCUAGAGUGUGUCCCCGGAGAAGUGCACAACGUCACCAUGGAGAUCAUGAGAAUUAAACCCCAUCAGAGUCAACACAUAGCAUACAUGAGCUUCUUACAGCACAGUAAAUGUGAAUGCAGACCAAAGAAAGAUGUCAAAGCUAAACAAGAAAAAAAAUCAAAGCGAGGAAAGGGAAAGGGUCAAAAGAGAAAGCGCAAGAAAGGCCGGUACAAACCACACAGCUUUCACUGUGAGCCUUGCUCAGAGAGGAGAAAGCACUUGUUUGUACAAGAUCCCCAGACCUGUAAAUGUUCCUGCAAAAACACAGAUUCACGUUGCAAAUCGAGGCAGCUUGAGUUAAACGAGCGCACUUGCAGAUGUGACAAGCCAAGACGGUGAGCAGCGGAGAAGAAGGGGGAACAGCCCUGUUUUUGGAGCCUGAUUUCUCACCUGGACAGGAAAAAAAAACACUAAUCCAAAUGAACCCUAAAAUGAAGGAUCGGUAGAGCACAGCACUUUCAGCACGGAUGAUGGACUCUGGAAGGAACAUUCCCCAAGGCACCCGCCGCACAGAAUACACCUUUUGGUUUUGAA